AUGGACCUUCCCUCUAGCACCAUGCCACCCCGGGGACGUCUGUACUAUCUGUCGGGACCAGAGACCAAGGUUAUGGAGACCUGCAUUGGGGACUUCCUAGCUACAGGAGCUAUCCGUCCCUCUUCCUCUCCCUCUGGCACAGGUUUCUUCUUCAUGCAGAAAAAGGACAAGACCCUAGGCAGCGGUUUCCAGUAUCUGGUUGACUGGGAGGGUUAUGGCCCGGAGGAGAGGUGCGGGGUCCCGGCUAGAGACAACCUGGACCCAGCCCUCAUCGCCAACUUCCACCGCCGGCACCCCGGUAGGACGCCAGGUGACGCCCCUAGUGGGGCCCUCCUGGUUUUGACCCUUGCCUGCCCUGACUCUGAGACCGCCUGCUUGGCCACUCUGCCUGCCCCUAACCCCGAGCCUGCCUCCCGUCCGGUACAGUUGCCCCACCUCUGCUACUUCUACAACCACAACAGCAGCACCUUCUACAACUGUAGCUCCUACGACCACUAUGACUGCAGCAACUACUACGACUACCACAACAGCUCCGACAACAACCACACCUACUACGACAACUACAAUUGCACCUACAACAACCACACCUGCAGCACCUACUACAGCAAAUGCAGCUCCUACGACCACUAUGACUGCAGCAACUACUACGACAACAACUACUGCACUUACUGCUACAACCACAACUGCAGAUCCGACUACAACAUUAGUUGUAGUUUCAACUCCUACGACAACUGCAGCUCCUACGCCAACUGGAGCACCUACGACAACUGGAGCACCUACUACGACCACUGCAGCCCCUACUACGACAACUGUAGCUCCCACAACAACUACUUCUGCAGCUGCUUCGACAACCUCAACUGCAACACCUUCUACAACUGCAGCUCCUACAACCACUAUGACUGCUGCAGCAUCUACUACGACAACCACAACUGCACCUACUGCUACAACCACAAAUGCAGAUCCUACUACAACAUUUGUUCAACUACUACAACUGAAGCUACGACAACAACCACACCUUCCACUACACCUACAACUGACGGUCCGACAACAACCACACCUACUACGACAGCUACAACGGAAGCUCCUACGACCACUACAACGACAACUGCAGCUCCUGCGACAACUGGAGCAGCUACUACGACAACUGCAGCACUCCUGCGACAACUGCACUCCCACAACAACUACUUCUGCCACUCCUACGACAACCUCAACUGCUACGACAACCUCAACUGCUACAACUUCUACAACUGCAGCUCCUACAACCACUAUGACUGCAGCAACUACUACGACAACCACAACUGCACCUACUGCUACAACCACAACUGCACCUACUGCUACAACCACCACUGCAGAUCCUACUACAACAUCAGUUGUAGUUUCAACUCCUACGACAACCUCAACUGCAACACCUUCUACAACUGCACCUCCUACAACCACUAUGACUGCAGCAACUACUACGACAACCACAACUGGACCUACUGCUACAACCACAACUGCAGAUCCUACUACAACAUUAGUUGUAGUUUCAACUACAACAGAAGCUCCUACGACCACUACAACGACAACUGCAGCUCCUGCGACAACUGGAGAACCUACUACGACCACUGCAGCGCCUACUACGACAACUCUCCUACGACAACAGCAGAUCCUGCGACAACUGCAGUUCCUAUGACAACUACAGCUACUACGACAACUGCAGCACCUACGACAACUGAAGCAUCUACGACAACUGGAGCACCUACAACGACAACUGCAGCACCUACUACGACCACUGCAGCGCCUACUACGACAACUGUAGCUCCCACAACAACUACUUCUGCCACUCCUACGACAACCUCAACUGCUACGACAACCUCAACUGCUACAACUUCUACAACUGCAGCUCCUUCAACCACUAUGACUGCAGCAACUACUACGACAACCACAACUGCACCUACUGUUACAACCACAACUGCACCUACUGCUACAACCACCACUGCAGAUCCUACUACAACAUCAGUUGUAGUUUCAAGCACUGCAGCAGCUGAACCUGCAACAACUGUAGGUCCUACUACAACAACUGUAGCUCCUAAAACAACUACAACUGCCGCAACUACUACAACUGAAGCUACGACAACAACCACACCUUCCACUACAGCUACAACUGACGGUCCGACAACAACCACACCUACUACGACAGCUACAACGGAAGCUCCUACGACCACUACAACGACAACUGCAGCUCCUGCGACAACUGGAGCAGCUACUACGACAACUGCAGCACCUACUACGACCACUGCAGCGCCUACUACGACAACUGUAGCUCCCACAACAACUACUUCUGCAGCUCCUACGACAACUGCAGCUCCUGCGACAACUGCAGAUCCUAUGACAACUACAGCUACUACGACAACUGCAGCACCUACGACAACUGCAGCACCUACGACAACUGGAGCACCUACAACGACAACUGCAGCACCUACUACGACCACUGCAGCGCCUACUACGACAACUGUAGCUCCCACAACAACUACUUCUGCCACUCCUACGACAACCUCAACUGCUACGACAACCUCAACUGCUACAACUUCUACAACUGCAGCUCCUACAACCACUAUGACUGCAGCAACUACUACGACAACCACAACUGCACCUACUGCUACAACCACAACUGCACCUACUGCUACAACCACCACUGCAGAUCCUACUACAACAUCAGUUGUAGUUUCAAGCACUGCAGCAGCUGAACCUGCAACAACUGUAGGUCCUACUACAACAACUGUAGCUCCGAAAACAACUACAACUGCCGCAACUACUACAACUGAAGCUACGACAACAACCACACCUUCCACUACAGCUACAACUGACGGUCCGACAACAACCACACCUACUACGACAGCUACAACUGAAGCUCCUACGACCACUACAACGACAACUGCAGCUCCUGCGACAACUGGAGCACCUACUACGACCACUGCAGCGCCUACUACAACAACUGUAGCUCCCACAACAACUACUUCUGCAGCUCCUACGACAACCUCAACUGCAACACCUUCUACAACUGCAGCUCCUACAACCACUAUCACUGCAGCAACUACUACGACAACCACAACUGCACCUACUGCUACAACCACAACUGCAGAUCCUACUACAACAUUAGUUGUAGUUUCAAGCACUGCAGCAGCUGAACCUGCAACAACUGUAGGUCCUACUACAACAACUGUAGCUCCUAAAACAGCUACAACUGCAGCAACUACUACAACUGAAGCUACGACAACAACCACACCUUCCACUACAGCUACAACUCGGUCCGACAACAACCACACCUACUACGACAGCUACAACGGAAGCUCCUACGACCACUACAACGACAACUGCAGCUCCUGCGACAACUGGAGCAGCUACUCGACAACUGCAGCACCUACUACGACCACUGCAGCGCCUACUACGACAACUGUAGCUCCCACAACAACUACUUCUGCAGCUCCUACGACAACUGCAGCUCCUGCGACAACUGCAGAUCCUAUGACAACUACAGCUACUACGACAACUGCAGCACCUACGACAACUGCAGCACCUACGACAACUGGAGCACCUACCUCCCACAACAGCUACUUCUGCCACUCCUACGACAACCUCAACUGCUACGACAACCUCAACUGCUACAACUUCUACAACUGCAGCUCCUACAACCACUAUGACUGCAGCAACUACUACGACAACCACAACUGCACCUACUGCUACAACCACAACUGCACCUACUGCUACAACCACCACUGCAGAUCCUACUACAACAUCAGUUGUAGUUUCAACUCCCACAACAGCUACUUCUGCCACUCCUACGACAACCUCAACUGCUACGACAACCUCAACUGCUACAACUUCUACAACUGCAGCUCCUACAACCACUAUGACUGCAGCAACUACUACGACAACCACAACUGCACCUACUGCUACAACCACAACUGCACCUACUGCUACAACCACCACUGCAGAUCCUACUACAACAUCAGUUGUAGUUUCAAGCACUGCAGCAGCUGA